CCUUGAGUCCGGUUGGUACUGAGAAGAUCGAGGAUUACUACCGGGCAGCAAUACGCACCAAAUCCUCACCACCAAAGCUUAUCGUGCAUAUCGUCGUCAGAGAACUCUGGACAAAGAUCCUCGAUCGAGCGAACAGGCAAAGAACAGGGAGGGAAGAAUACAUUAGAGUAGGGGAAGGAGAAUGGGAGAUCUAUACGUAUGGCUAAUCUCCUUCUUCCUCCUUAUAGCCCUACUGGUCAUCAUCGUCUUCCAGCUUAUGUGCUUGGCAGAUUUGGAGCUCGAUUACAUCAAUCCUUAUGACUCUUCUUCAAGGAUAAACAAAGCGAUUAUGCCCGAUUACACAAGACAAAAGCAUCUGAUCGAUGUUACUGAGAUCUUCAACCAGCUCCACGCGGAAAAGAAGCAGCGGCUUUAUAAAUUAUUUUAUCUUAUUGUUCUCCUUUUCCUUGCAAUAUUCUGGAUGAUCUUGACUGCAUUGGAAGAUCACGACAUGGAUUAAGUUGCAUAGCUGCGCUCCUCGAUCGUAAUGUUCAGUGGAGGUACACGGUACAUAAAUCUGCCGCCUUGAAUUGAGCGGCGCUAGAAGAAACAUGGGGUUUGUGUAACUGAUGAUACAAUGUGGAAAUUCCAGGACGAAGAACUUAUUUCAUCUUCGUUGUUUUAGCAAUUAUAGAUUUCUUUGUAGACAUCAUACAACUAUUGACUUUCGUCUUUAGAUUAGAUGUAUUUUUUUUUUCUCUUUGAUGUAUGUUCUUUUCCUUCCUCGCCCUCCAUUUACAAUUUCACUUGGUUUUAUGUUUUAUGCUCUUUUUUACAGAGCUCCAUGUCUUGCCUAGAAACGGUGAGUUAUAUUUAUAAAGGCGUCUAGCUAAGGAAGUUGGUUGACAUUCCGUGCUCGCCAAGGAAUUUGCCAGUUGGCCGACUACCUUUGCUAUCCACUUAUCCUCCUUAUAAACGGUAAACUUUGCCCUAUAAAUGCACGACUACCCUU